CUGAUUGCAGUAACUAGUAAAAUUAGAAAUCUGGAAGAUCAAAUCAAAGACGCAAAAGGUGAAGUAUCCGAUUUGGAAUCAGAAUUGGAUGGAGCCCGCAAUCAAAUUCAUUCCCUUGAAGAUCAAUAUUCGUUGCUUCAAAGUGAGCUCAAUAAAGCGAAACAUGAUAUGGAUUCCUUGCUUCGUGAAAACGAUUUGCUUAAGGUCACAAAUGAGUCAAAUGAAGCUGAAUUGGGUCGUUUGAACAACAAACUUCAUCAAACUACAGAACUGGCAAAAGAACAUGCUGACACUCUUGGCAAGCUAAGACCUGAACAUGAUCGCUUGCAAAAUUUAUAUCGUGAGAAAGUAAAGCAAGCAGAAAAUCUUUCAUUAUCAGUUCAAAACUUGGAAUCACGCUUGAGUCAAUUACGCCGAGAAUUUCGUGAUGCCUCCAAUAAGUUAACAGUAAGUGAAAGAGAACGCAGUGCUUUCGAAAAUGAAAUUACAAAAAUGAAACAUGAGCUAGAAUUUACGCGUGAACAGUUAGUACGGAAAACAGAUGAAUUCCAGUCUGCCCUAAAUGAAAUAGUUAGUGCUCAUCGACUAGCUGAAGAUGGCCGUGUGACUGCUGUACAAGAAUUAGAAUCUCGUAAGUACGAAAUCAGUGAUUUACAAACUCGAUUAGAAAGUACUGAGCAAUAUUUGUUGACUUUGCAACAAAACUAUUUGGUUGCGCAAAAUGAUCGUGAUGUUCUUCAAGAUGCACUGCAUCGGUUCCAGUCAAUGGUUGAACGUACAGUUGCUAUCAACCGACUGCUGACUAGUAAAGAUGAGAAAGAGGAAGAUGAGAAAGAAACAAUACAAUUACAACGCUCAACUGAUGAAAAAGAAAAAGGAAAAGAUAGAUACAAUAUGCAUGAAUUGGAUUUGAAUGUUCAGAAGCUAAUUGGACGUAUCGAGAAUUUGGAAUUAGAAAGAAAUGAAUAUCGUGAAGCAUUUGAACGCUUGAAGAGAAAGAGUAGUAGCAGUGUUGAUCAAACACAUCUUACCAAAGUUAGCAAGCAAGAGACCGUUUUCAGACAUAUCGAGGAUCAGCUUGUCGAUGUUGAAGAAGACAAGCGAACGUUGGAAAUGCGACUCUCUUCAGCCAAACAACUUUUACGCUCACAAGAAGAAGCAUUAAAACAACGCGACGAAGAACGACGUAGUAUGAAAUCAAAAAUAGCAAACUUCGAAAUGGAAGUGCGUGGAAAAGAAGCGCAAAUACGCCAAUUAAAUGAACUUGUUCGAAAUUUGAGGAAAGAUUUAGAAGCAGCUCAAAGUGACCUCCAAGUAUUACGUGAUCACGAAGAACAAUGGGAUGUGCAUAAAUUCCAUUUAGAAAGCAAGUUGAAAGAUCAAGAAAAUGAAUCACAGCAAAUUAACGUAUUGUUAUCGAAUUUCGAGAUGGAAAGAAAUACAUUGAAUGAGAAGAUUCGUGAUCUUGCCAGUCGACUUCAACAAAGUGAAAGUAAAAAUACAGAUAUGAAAGAUGAUUUUGAUCGUAUCAAAAAGGCUCUUGCAAAAGCAUCAACUACAGAAACAGAACUUCGUCGAACAAUUGAGCAGAAUUCUCGUACUCUUAGUGAUAAUCAGAUGCUCAUUGGCCAUCUUACCAGUGCUCAAGGUGAUUUCCAAGCAGUGAACAACCGCAAACAGCAAGUUGAAAAUGAAUUAUUAUUAGCUCGUUCCGAAUUGCGUGAGCUUAAGCAGCGAUUAAGUGAUAGUGGAAUGCACGUCUCAGAUAUGCAACGACUUCUUAAUGAUGCUAAGAUUGACAACAAACGUCUUUCUAAUCGAUUACUUAAUAUGGAAAAGACAGUAUCACAACAACGAACUACUGAAGCUGAAAUUCGUCAACAAUUAUCGGGAGCAUUAAACGAUCGUAAUACGUCCCAAAAUGAAUUAAGUGAAGUACUGCGACGCCUGGCACGUUUGGAAAAUGAAAAGAAAAUUAUUAGCAGUAAAUAUGAUGAGAUGGAAAAAACUCGUGCAACUUUAAUCCGACGUAUUGAUCUUUUGGAGGCAGAAAAACGUAUGGCUGAGAAUAUUUUGCAUGAAACAGCUUUACAACGUGAAGCAAUCGAAAAUUCAUUGAAUGCAUUAGAACGCGAAAACAAAGAACUGCACCACAGCUGUGCUCAACUACAACAGCAAAUUGCACAGCUUGAACUAGACAAUGGUAAUCGCUUGGUACGUAUUACGAAUAAACAACGAGAAGAACAUGAGAAAUUCGUACAAAAUAUGAAAACUGAAAAAUUACAGAUUGAACGAAUAAUUGAAACUCGUGAACGAUCUCUAAAGAGCCGUAUUAAUCAACUUGAAAAUCAGCUUAAUGUUAUGCGUGAUCAACUUAACAACGAACGUCGUAAGCGUCGAGAAAUUGCGGAUAAAAUAUUUACGGGGGAAAUGAAUAAGCUCAAUGUGAGCUUUUCGGGAAGUCAGCGUGGUUUUGAUUUUGCAGACCGAAGCUCAUAUUCAUAUAAUACAUAUUUGGGUACACCUUCCUUUACUUUUGGUUCACCUGGUCAGGAUGUAAGCUUCACGGAUGAUACAAAAAUGUUUUUGAGACAUUCCGAAGAGCAUGAUAGCAGUCUCUCAUAUGGAAAAGGUAAUCGUAUUUUCGGCUCAGCAGUAGCAGCAAGUGUGGGAAGUGAUAGUUUCAACGCAAGUGCCGAAGCUGAGAAUGGACUGCGUCAAGAAGCAGGAAGUAACAAGGAAAUAGAAGAAGAAGAAGAAACAGAUUCCGGUAAGCGUAGCAAGCAAGUCGAUGAUGAUGCUGAAAGUGGUUCAUCACCGUUAAGUGAAGCUGGCGAAGGUGCGCCGCCACCUGAGCAGUAA